AUGGACAUGGAGUGGGAACAUGUGGGUCCAGAAGAUAGGACCUCUCUUCGCCAGCUUCUGCUCCGCAGUACAGGUCUCCUGGAGGUUGACUGGAUUGGUUUCUGGAUUUUAGUCCUAUCUGUCCCAUUACUUGUGGCUGAUGUCAGGUCUACAUGAGAUUCUCCACCUUGUGAACCUCAAGGACCCCCAGGACCUCCAGGGGCCAGAGGUCCUCAAGGGCCAUCUGGUCUUGCAGGACCCCAAGGUGCACCAGAACCAGUAGGAAAACCUGGGUUACCUGGAGAUGUUGAAAAGUGCCCAUCUCUACCACAAUCUGCCUUUUCUGUAAAGCUGAGUGGGCCCCUUCCUGAGCCCUCCAAGCCCAUUGUCUUCCAGGAGGCUCUGUACAACCAUCAGGGCCACUUUGACCUGGCCACUGGACUGUUCACCUGCACUGUCCCUGGUGUAUACAACUUUGGCUUUGACAUUGGACUGUUUGAGAAUGCUGUCAAGGUGGGGCUCAUAAAGAAUGGCAUCCAGGUGAGGAACAAACAAGCAGAGGCCAAGGACAGCUAUGAGCAAGUCUCAGGAAGUUCUAUCUUGCAGCUAGAAAAAGGGGACAGGGUCUGGCUGGAAUCUAAGCUGGACAAAACAGAAUCUGAAAAAGGAACUACUCAAACUGUGUUCUAUGGGUUUUUGCUCAGUGGAAAUUCAGCCUGGGUAUAG